UGGUUGGAAUGGUAUGGUAUCCGACAACAAAUUCGUAAAUAAGCAAAUAACUUAAGCUUAUUUCAUAAUACCAUUGAGUUGAUUGAAUAGUUCAAAUUGUUUUAGGGCAACCCUUUGAUACCACACCACAUUAUUAGUCUACAAUGUAUGAAAAUUAGUUGGAAUUAAGAUGGGUCAGCAUGAGUCUAAAACAUCGUCAAAAGUCAAAAACCGAGAAAGGAGUGGUUACCCCUCAACCUCAGAAAGGAUACAAUAUUCAUCAAGAGUAGAUAAUGCUUCAGAUUCACUAAGGUGCAGAGAAGACAGAACUACUCAUAAUGCCACUCAAGUUCAAAAUUCUGAAUUUUUGAUCAGCAAAGAGAGUAUUAUUCCUUCAAAAGUAGGAGAAUCUCUCCAGGAUUUGGAGACUUGCACAUCUGAUAGUUCCAACCAGUCUCAAGGCAUCAAGUUUGAUAAUGUUCCCCACCAGAUAAGUACAGAUCUGCAAGGGGUGAAUCAGUAUCUGAACACUGAAGCACAAGCCAGCACCAGUAAGCUAGAGAAAGAACAAUGUGAAAAGCAAUCUUCCAAGCCUACUACUCUUCAACAGAGAAGACAUGAAGACAGAGACCUGCAGGUUGUGUUUUUUCCAAAUCAGCCAAAGCUUGAAAAAGGUCUCAAACCAAAUGUAGAGUCUGUCGAUACUUUUAAGAGGGAAUUAACAACAUCUUGUGACCCACUUUUGCCAUCGCACAUUAUAGAUGUGUCUGCCAAAGACUGUGAUAAGAUGGAUACAAAUGACCAAUUUCAGGUUAUUAUUCCUCCUAAAUCAGACAAACUAAUGCAGAAUUUGUUUAUGUCUUCUGAUGAUUCUGACAAAUCUAAUUUGGCGUCUUCUAAUAGGUCUUCUAAUAGGUCUGAUGAUUGUGGCAAGUCUAAUUUGGCAGACAAUUGGUCUAGUACCAUUAAAGAAGUCAAAUUAAAUGACAAUGCUAUUCAUAUUAGUACUUCACUGCUAGAUGAGCAACCCAUAGUCAAUUAUGUAGAUUUUAAUCUGAAGCCUGAUUUAAAAAAAGGCAAUGUGUUAGUGUCUGCCAAAGACUGUGAUAAGAAGGAUACAAAUGACCAAUUUCAGGUUAUUAUUCCUCCUAAAUCAGACAAACUAAUGCAGAAUUUGUUGAUGUCUUCUAAUAGGUCUGAUGAUUCUGACAAAACUAAUUUGGCGGAUAGUAUCAUUAAAGAAGUCAAAUUAAAUGACAGUGCUAUUGAAAUUAGUACUUCACUGCCAGAUGACCAACCCAAAGUCAAUUAUCUAGAUUUUAAUCUAAAGCCUGAUCUAAAAAAAGGCAAUGUGUUAGUGUCUGCCAAAGACUGUGUUGAGAUGGAUACAAAUGACCAUUUUCAGGUUAUUAUUCCUCCUAAAUCAGACAAACUAAAACAGAAUUUGACGAUGUCUUCUAAUAGGUCUGAUGAUUGUGGCAAGUCUAAUUUGGCAGACAAUUGGUCUAGUACCAUUAAAGAAGUCAAAUUAAAUGACAAUGCUAUUCAUAUUAGUACUUCACUGCUAGAUGAGCAACCCAUAGUCAAUUAUGUAGAUUUUAAUCUGAAGCCUGAUUUAAAAAAAGGCAAUGUGUUAGUGUCUGCCAAAGACUGUGAUAAGAAGGAUACAAAUGACCAAUUUCAAGUUAUUAUUCCUCCUAAAUCAGACAAACUAAUGCAGAAUUUGUUGAUGUCUUCUAAUAGGUCUGAUGAUUCUGACAAAACUAAUUUGGCGGAUAGUAUCAUUAAAGAAGUCAAAUUAAAUGACAGUGCUAUUGAAAUUAGUACUUCACUGCCAGAUGACCAACCCAAAGUCAAUUAUCUAGAUUUUAAUCUAAAGCCUGAUCUAAAAAAAGGCAAUGUGUUAGUGUCUGCCAAAGGCUGUGUUGAGAUGGAUACAAAUGACCAAUUUCAGGUUAUUAUUCCUCCUAAAUCAGACAAAGUAAAGCAGAAUUUGACAAUGUCUUCUAAUAGGUCUGAUGAUUGUGACAAGUCUAAUUUGGCGGACAAUUGGUCUAGUACCAUUAAAGAAGUCAAAUUAAAUGAUAGUGCUAUUCAUAAUAGUACUUCACUGCUAGAUGAGCAACCCAUAGUCAAUUACGUAGAUUUUAAUCUGAAGCCUGAUCUAAAAAAAGGCAAUGUGUUAGUGUCUGCCAAAGACUGUGAUGAGAUGGAUACAAAUGGCCAAUUUCAGGUUAUUAUUCCUCCUAAAUCAGACAAACUAAUGCAGAAUUUGACGAUAUCUUCUAAUAGGUCUGAUCAUUCUGACAAGUCUAAUUUGGCAGACAAUUGGUCUAGUACCAUUAAAGAAGUCAAAUCAAAUGACAGUGCUAUUCAUAAUAGUACUUCACUGCCAGAUGAGCAACCCAUAGUCAAUUAUCUAGAUUUUAAUCUGAAGCCUGAUUUAAAAAAAGGCAAUGUGUUAGUGGAUGAUGAUCAGUAUAAUUAUCCGAGUUGGACAAGAAAUAAAGUCUCAAUCCAAAAGGAUUCAACAGACAAAACAUUAAAGCAUGUUGAAAUGUUAGCAGAAAGUUUGACUGGUUUAAGUGAUAGAAGCAAUUCCAGACAGGACUAUGUUCGUUUGAAAUCCAACAACUCAGGAGGCAAAGAAAAACACAAUCCAUUGAUGUUGCGAGAUUGUAUCGCAAAGAUGAGAAAUGUUCAAGCAGAUGACACAAAGUUUGUGUUUUCUCUUCAGAGUGAAAUAAAAACAAUUUUGAGGGAGAUGGAACAGUUUACUUCUGCUUUGAAAAUAUGUCCUGUCGUAAACUCUGAGAUACACUCAGCGAGUGAAAUCAUAAGAGAAAACUUGAACGUACUUAAAACAAACUACGAGGAGAAAUGUUCUCGUGGAAUUAAUUCAAAUGUGGAAUCUUCAAAAGAAGAACAUUUCUCAAACAAAGAAAGCCAAGCUCAAAAUCAUUAUUACUUGGGUGAAAAACCAAUGAAUUAUUAUCCCUGGAUUAAUCAUGGGGAAAAUAGAUCCGAGGUAUCAAAUAAUGAUGCAGUAAUAGUUUCCGAAGUAUCAAAUAAUCCUGUUAAAAUAAUGGAGGGAUCAAAUGAACUUAUAAAAGUAAGUGGUGAUGUUUUAAAUGGUCCUGAGGUGGUAAAUUCAUCUUUCACUAAAGAAUAUCUGCAAAAUGUUCUUCCAGAGCCUUUGUUGAAUAUUAAUUCAUUGCCAAACUACAAAGGUGUGCUCGAACUAGUUAAAAAUUCUGUUGAAGGAGGCUUAAAAUUUGAGAUUGAUGUUUAUGUUUGUGUUUUAUGUGACUUCUUGGAAAAUGACAAAAACAACGCACAAAAACAUAUCUGUACUGAGGCAAAACCAAAUUCAACUUGGCACUUUUGCAGAUUUUGUGUCAUAAACAUUUUUGGAACUGAUUCACACUUCAAGGAGCACUGUAUGACGACAUAUCAUAUCAACAUUAAAAAACUUAAAGGUGAAUGUUCUGCAGAAGAACGCAAGGAGAAAUCAAUUAGGGAUGACGAAAGUGUAAGCAGUGAAAAAAGCACUAGAAGUCGAACUAAAAUGACUACUCAUGAAAUUUUGCUGUCCAUAGCAAAACAGAAAAAAGAAAGGAAAAUACCAGGGCCAUUUGGUCUGUACUGUCAAAUUUGCAAAAAAUAUGAUCUCGAAUCUAAAGCACUUACUAAUCAUUUAGAGAGUAAACUUCACAAAGACUCGUUUGCUCUUAGAAUUCCAUCUAAAAAGAAUGUUGAUUUUGGUCUCAAAUCAUGUACUACGUGCGAAGUUCACCUCUUUGGGGAUCAACAUGUCUGGACUGAACACCAAAGCCUUGAUCUGCACAAAGAGUUUGUUUCAUCACCAUUCAUGAAAAAGUUGGAUUACCAAUGCUCAGAAAAAACAUGCAACAGUAAUGAUGUUUCUGAGUCCACUACUCCAGAUCCUGAAGACUCUGAGUCCACCCACUCUCUAAGCAGUGAUGUUUGUCAAAGUAAUGACCCACAACAGAUCUCACUGACAGACCAAUGUGGGAUACACCAUGAUUUUAUGAAAACUGUAUUGAAAAAACAUGUAUCCAAUAAGUCUGACAACAUCUUAUGUGGUAUAUUCUGUCAAUUUUGCAAACUCUAUUUCCAAAAUGAAUCACAAGGAAAAUUGCAUUCAAAAAGCAGUUGUCACUUAUCAAAAAUCAACUCUUUUGAGGUAUCAGGAAAAAGCUACCAACACCACUGCAAAAACUGUAAUAUUGAUUUGUUUUGCGAUGAACAGUUUUUCUCUUCACAUUUAGAGUCCCUAGGCCAUAAAGCGAUAUCUAAACUACACAUAACUCGAGAAGAGUAUGAAGAGGUUGAAAGCAAAUGUGGCUCAGAUGAAGAGGCAAAUACCAGCGAAUCCGAACAUGAGAGUGUAAAUCUUGACACUCCUAGCCAGAAACAUGUCAAACUUCAAGAGAGGAAGACAAAGAAAGAAAAAAUUGUUAGAAAUGGCAUAUAUUUAUCAGGAUUACCUCAAGAUUUCCCAAAAAAACACAUAAUGAAUUAUUUCAAGAAUUAUGGUCAUGUAAGGUCAUGCAGUUAUAUCAAACAACAUGGAAAUGUUAUUUUUCAAAAUCCUGAAUCAGUCAAGACUGUGCUUCAAGAAAAACAUUUCAUUAAAGGGAUUCGAGUUGAAGUAAAACCUCUUAAAGCUGUUUCACCAAAAUCAAUAGAGCAAGAACAGCUUCACCCAGAUGUUACAAACGUACUGAGAUCCAUGUACAGUCUUGAAGCUGCGAUUUCAGAAAUUCUCACUGAGAUGCAGCGAAACUACGUGGAAAACCAGCAAAAAAGUAUCAUGAUCCGAAGUGACUUGUCCGCUUCGCUUCCUGGCUGCAGAGUUCUAUUUUUCGGCUCCCAAGUCACCGGGCUUGCCACCAGCAAAAGUGACUUUGAUCUCUACAUUGAUUACGAUGGAAAAUCGUUCUACCAUGACUUGAGCUAUGAGAAACAAUGUGACAUCAUGCAUCACUUAGCGUACCAGCUGAACCUGCGUGGAUCAAAGUUUGAAGUGACUGAAGCUAUCCAGGACGCCAGAGUGCCUAUCAUUAGGGUGCUUCACUUGAAGACCCAUACUAAGUGUGACAUCUCUUUCCGCAACGGACUGGCAGUGGAGAAUUCUCAGUUGAUCAAGCUGUACCUGGAUAUGGACCCUCGUGUCCGCUGGCUGGUAGUCACAAUCAAGCUGUGGAUGGAGAUGAACGGACUGUUAGGUCCGAGAAAAUUCACAUCUUAUUCAACCAUUUGGCUUGUGCUCUUCUACCUCAUGCGACUGCCGCGACACCCUCUUGUGUGCCCUGUUACGACCUUACAGGAGAAAUGCAAACCACACUAUGUCGCAAAGUGGGAUUGUCGGUUUCAUCGAGACAUGAGAGAUGUGAGUGUUUACUUCAAAACUUACUGUCAAGAAUCAAACCUGGAACUGCUCGCCAACUUCUUUAAAACCUAUGCAUACUUCCCCUUCAGAAACACAGUCAUGUGUCCUUUGAAUGGAAAAACUCUAAGUCGCCAACAAUUCAAGGAUCUGAGAGAUCUUCCAAAAGAGUUCAAUCCAUAUGUAGACAAGGCUCGGCGCUUCCAGGAAUGGGAAAAGUUAAAGAUUCUGACUCCAGUUUGUCUUCAGGACCCGUUUGACCUGUCCCACAACAUAACCAAAGGGGUCCACCGCACAGACCUUGACAAGUUUCAAAGCCUUUGCCAUAAAACUUACCUGAUAUGCCAAAAUCUGUUGGCUAAGUAAGUCAAGAGAUAGAAUUCAAGACUGAUCACAGUACCUGCGUUUUUAUCAACUAAUAUUUCAAAUCUGUGCCUUUUUGAGUGUGUUAUUUGUAAUCGUUGAAAAGAUAUUAAGGACAAAGAGUAUGAUCAUAUGUAUCAUUAUAAAGUUAACUCUAAGAAAGUUUCAAAUUAGUUAAAUUUUAAUAUUGUAGAAAACAAUCAUUUGCAUAUUGAAUGGUUGUAUUUUACAAAGAUGAUGACUUCACAGCUGAUAAUGUAAUCAGAACUGAUAAUUGAUGAAAUUUGGAUUUUUCUUGGUUUAGUAAUAUUUUUAUUUGCUGACUUUUAAGUAGUUUUAUAUGUACAAUCAUCAUGACUGUUUUUAAUCUAAGUUAAGUUUCUAUUGCAAAAUAAUUAAGUCAUACUUGUUGACGUAGGGUGUUAAGCUCUGAAUAAUUUUGUAACAAGAGAAUCAAGUGCAAUUCGAAGUUACUUAAUUUUAAUUAUCGCAGUUGUUUGAUUCUAAGAACAACUAAGGCUGAUAACUUUUCUUAUAUCUAUAUUGGUUAACUACUUGUAAGUUUAGGAGGUGUAAAGAUGUUGUUAGAAAUUUAAAUAUGCUUGUUAUCAAUUGUUUCUUGUUUGUUUAUCACUUGGAUAAUUUCCAGGUAUUAUUUUGAUCUAGCUCUUGCGAUAAUUGUGGCAUUGUUAUCCAAUACUUUUAUUUUCUAUGAUAACAUAAUUAUCAGGCUUUACCUGAGUUUGCUGUUUGCAACUUAAGCGAGUGAUUUUGUCACUAAGGCAGCAAAUAUCUUGGCUAAUUAUAUUAAUGCCACAUUUUUGUACCGAUUAUUAACAUUGGUUGACUACACUUGUAAGUUUGGGAAGUGUAAAGAUGUUGUUAGAAAUUUAAAUAGCUUGAUAUCAAUUAAUUAUUUCUUAUUUUGAUCUAGCUGUUAAGAUAAUUGUGGCAUUGUUAUCCAAUACUUUUAUUUUCUAUGAUAACAUAGUUUUCAGGGUUAACCUGAGUUUGCUGGAAUCGCAACUUAAGCAAGUGAUUUUAUCACUAAGGCAGCAAAUAUCUUGGCUAAUUAUUUUAAUGCCACAUUUUUGUACCGAUUUUACCUUUAUAAAGAUUACACAGU